AAUACAGUUGUGAAUAUGGCUCGCUCAAGUUUUAUGCUCUCUGUGGCGUUGGUGGGGUCCUAAGUUGUGGCCUGACACACACUGCUGUUGUACCUCUGGAUUUAGUGAAAUGUCGUAUGCAGGUUGAUCCACAAAAAUACAAGAGCAUCUUCAAUGGAUUUUCAGUGACAGUCAAAGAAGAUGGCGUUCGUGGCUUGGCCAAGGGAUGGGCCCCAACCUUUAUUGGAUAUUCCAUGCAGGGGCUUUGUAAAUUUGGUUUCUAUGAAGUUUUCAAAAUCCUGUAUGGCAACAUGCUGGGAGAGGAAAAUGCAUAUUUGUGGCGUACUUCACUAUAUUUAGCCGCAUCUGCCAGUGCGGAGUUUUUUGCUGACAUUGCUCUGGCUCCAAUGGAAGCUGCUAAAGUUCGUAUUCAGACACAGCCUGGAUAUGCUAACACUCUCCGGCAGGCUGUACCUAAAAUGUUUGGAGAAGAAGGCAUCUGGGCUUUCUAUAAAGGUGUUGCUCCGCUAUGGAUGAGACAGAUUCCAUACACAAUGAUGAAAUUUGCCUGCUUUGAACGUACUGUUGAAGCUCUCUACAAGUAUGUUGUUCCCAAGCCGCGAAGUGAAUGUUCGAAAGGAGAACAGCUAGUCGUCACAUUUAUUGCAGGGUAUAUUGCUGGUGUGUUCUGUGCAAUUGUUUCCCAUCCUGCUGACUCAGUGGUGUCUGUGUUGAACAAAGAAAAGGGCAGUUCUGCUUCACAGGUUCUUAUGAGGCUUGGAUUCAAAGGUGUAUGGAAAGGUCUGUUUGCUCGUAUCAUUAUGAUUGGUACCCUGACUGCACUACAGUGGUUCAUCUACGAUUCCGUGAAGGUUUAUUUCAGACUUCCUCGCCCACCUCCACCUGAAAUGCCAGAAUCUCUGAAGAAGAAGCUUGGUCUAACUGAAUAGACAACUCAUGGACUGACUGUGCUGGCUGUCCCAGUGAUGAGUUUCAUGAAACUUUUAUAUUAUUUGACUAUGUAGAAAACAAACUCUAUAUGAUGUCAUUAUUGGCUGUGCCCUCAUCCCACAUGAGGGUUUAAAUUCUACCACUGUCAUUGCCUGAAAUAAAUGAGAAACAGAGUGCU